GUUAGAGUAGAGAGCAGUGCUGUAGCCCAGAGGAGCCCCGACCCGCAGUCUGUCAGAAGUGUGGUGGAGGAGGAUGAGGGAGGACUAGAGGCAUGGCACUGCGCACCUCCCGCAAGAGACGCGGAUCCUGAACCCCAAUGCAGCUUCUGGACUUUCUAAUGCUUUGGAUAAACUCACAAACUUCGAGGCUUCAAGGAUGUUCUUCUCAGAUGGGACUCUCUCAGCAGUCACUUAUGCUCUCCUGUUGGGAAUAACGUGUGUGAGCGUCCUCUGCGAUCUCACCAAGGGCUCUUCAGACUUUUCAGGUUACCUGUCCAAAGUGUUGAGGAACUACAGCGAGGAGGCCUGUGACGGAGACUUUCUGUCCGUUCGCUGCCCGCCCCGCACCACCAUCACUGUCCAAUCAGCUUUCUACGGGAGGAAAGGAGCCUCCGACCCCAAACAGUGCCCUCAGAGCUACCAGGCCCUCUUUAGUUCUUAUAACCCGCGGGAUGAUGACCGAUAUUGUUCUGUGUCCACAGCACUACAGAAAAUGCUGGACGAGUGCCAAGACAGAAGGAGCUGUCAAGUCCUUGUCAACAGCCGCGUGUUCGGGACGGACCAGUGUCCCGGCAGCAGCAAAUACCUCAUUGUCUGGUACAAAUGCAGACCUAACGAGUAUAAGAGUAAGGUGGUCUGCGAGGAGGAGAGGAUGAGGCUGAGCUGCAAACGGGGGAUGCAGAUCGCCGUUUACUCCGCCAUGUUUGGCCGAACUCAACAGGGCACCCUGGAGUGUCCCCUGCACCACAGGAGGGCCCCGUCAGUAGACUGCCAGUCGUCUGUGGCUCUGCAGGUUCUGACCUCCCGCUGCCAGGGAAGGAAGAGCUGUCUGGUCCGAGCCUCCAGCAGAGACUUUGGAGACCCCUGUUACUCCGGCACCAGGAAGUACCUGAACGUCAUCUACACCUGUGUGCCAAAGAAGUUGCUCCAGGAGCAGGGACCCAGACCCCCGGUGUUCUCCCCUCCACCCAGCGCCCAUGACCCCAACAUAGUGGGAGACAGCCCUCCAGAGGGGAGCUCAGUCAGAAGCCCCGACGCUGUUCCAGAAAGGAAGAAGGUCAGGGAGACCAACCCCGACGAGGAGAAGCUUUCAGAAGCCGGAGUAGUAGGAGGAGGUGGAGGAGGAGAAAGAGAAACUCCACCGCCCCCCCGAGUAAUGAAUCCCAUCAUGAACUCCACGUCUAGCUCCAACAUGGCCCUCAUCAGCAACGCACUGGCAGCCUACACUUUCAUAUCAGACCACCCAGAGAGGGCAGCGCUCUUCUUUGUCUGCGGCGUGUGUUUGGGCCUCUUCCUCACACUCUUCGCCCUGGUGGUGCAGAUCUCCUGUCGCACCGACUGCCAGCCUCGGCAGCGGCCUCCUGCCAAGAAACGAGCGCGCCCUGCCGACUCGUCCUCCGAAUCAAGUGACUCGGACUCAGAUUGGGAAACCACCUCAGAUCUGUCGGCGCGGCGACACCGGCGGUUUGAACGCACGCUUAACAUGAACGUGUUCACGUCGGCCGAGGAGCUGGAGAGAGCGCAGAGGCUGGAGGAGAGGGAGCGCAUCAUCCGAGAGAUCUGGAUGAACGGGCAACCUGACAUCCCCGGGACACGGAGCCUCAAUCGCUAUUACUGAGGACUCUUUAGGGGCUUUUUUAUGUAAAGCUUACUUGACUUGAACACAAUUUAGGAUGCACUUGGGUUGGGGCAAGAUACAUGGUCCUUAAGAAGCUUUAUAAGCAAACUGUGGACUCACUGAUGAGAACAGGGGAAGGUAUUGGAGAUGCAAGGAAAAGUCCUCCCUAUUUGCUGGUUUGCAUAUUCCUCUGGGUAUCAUAAGCUAUACCCCAUUCAGUAAGAGAAUAAGCUCCCACUCUGCAUGGUAAGCUCACUUCUUUCUGCCGGAAGCGAGGGGUGAAAGGCUACAGCGCCUCGCCCGUGACCUCAGCAGGCCGUUUUGAAGUGGGGAUUUAUGGGUUAGCUGCCUUAGACACACACAGGCCUGCAGAGAGGGCAUAGUGACUGAAGGACCAAGGCCUCAGAUGGAUCUUUUUUAUGCAGGGUCACCUGAAAAAGACUGGGACACUUGGAGCUUUAUGCUCAGCACCCUCCAGUAUUCAAGUGUGGACUUUACAGAGGGGCGGCAUAAAGCAGAAAGAAGUGUACUAUGGGACAAUGUAAGACAAUCUUUCCACAGAAAAUAACCACGCUGCCUUUUGAACUUUCUAAAAACCAAAAUAUAUUUUGGAGGGAAUUCAUCUCAUCCAUUAUGAAAUCUAUUUUAUAAUAUUUAAUAGUUUAUUGAUGUUGUGUAUUUUUGUUCUCAAGUAUGGUUUAUUAUGAGAUAUUUUUAUACUUGGCGAAGGUUUGUCUGGCACCUCAGGGAUGCAAUCCUAGUGUUUCUGUGUUUGGUUGAUGUAUUUGCUUCCUAAGAAGGGGAUCAGCCCAUUUACAGUAAACAGCUAAUGUCAGCAUUUAAAGAAAAAAAAAAUAGAAAUAUUAUAUAAAGAGCCUCAAAGAGGUUUAGUGAUUUUAUCUUAUUUUUGAUACAGUAUGUUUAAUUCACAGUGCGGUGCCUUUUCUAGCUAUUAGGUCACUGUUGUCAUGAGUGCAGCUGGUAUAUAACCCUAUAACUGGUCAUAUUGGAUAUUCCAAAUUUAUCUUAUCAUAUGUAUUCUCGUUUAAUGAUUACUGUCGCUUUGCCGAAGUAGAGCAUGUGUAAAAUAUGUCUCUGUCACACGUUGCACUUGCUGUUCUCCCUGGAUGUAAAUGUUCAUAACCAGAAUAUGCCAAUUUUGUACCAGUAAACACGCUAGAGAUAAUUGUUCUGGUCGUCACCCAAAUUGCAGGUCAACUGUGCCAUUACUUCUAAGGUACCAGUGCUAAACCAGAUGAUUGUGGUAACCGCUGCUCAUGGCCAUCUGGAGAAGGAACCAGCUCUGAAAAAAGGUUCACAGUGCACGAGCAAAUCUGCGUCUCUUAAAUCAUGUUGCCAGUUCUAUAAAAUAAGCUAUUGUCAAUCCAGCUCUGUGUGCGCUGCCCUGGAUUCCAACAUAGAAAUAGUUAUAGUUUUCAUUAAAAAAAUGACUGAAAGUGACUGAAAGUUUAAAUGAGAGUAUACAGGACAUAUUAGGGUCAUCCACAUAAAGACUGCCACUAUAUAUCGUUUUUUAUAAAGACAGUUUUUGUGUUUGAAUUUGAAUGGAUAAAAUGUGCCGAUAGCUGGUAAAGUGAGACCAAAUUAUGACUCCUGUGUUUGAAAUAAACUGUGUUGAAAAAAAA